AUGUCUCUUACGAGACGCACCGAUGCCACCUCCAAGUUUACGUCUUCGGGGAGAUAUACCCCAGAGGCCAUGAUAGUCAUAACCUGUGCCACUAUCUCGCUGUACAAUGGUAUCGAGCUGCUUCUCCUCAUCUUGACAUCAUCCAGGCGGCAUAACGACCUCUUCUCAUGGAGCCUUGCUGUGGCUUCCAUCGGUGUGCUGCCGUAUGCGAGUGGCUGGCUGGUUCGUUAUUUCGAUGUUAUAGGGGAUGUUGCAAAUAUGCUUAUAAACGACAUUGGCUGGAUACUCCUGACUACCGGCCAAGCUCUUGUUCUAUAUUCUCGACUCAACCUGCUCGUCAAAAGCGUCUCCAUUUUGAAGGUUACAAAAUGGAUGAUCAUCCUUAAUGCUAUCAUAUGGCACAGUGCAGUUACUGUUCUUUUAUUUGCUAUCAGCACACAGCAAAAGCUCGACCGCAACGGCGCAUUCAUCAGGGUCCAAAAGGUUCAGCUGGCAUUCUUCUGCGCUCAAGAUUUCCUGCUUUCAGGUCUUUACAUUUGGAAGACGAUGGAGAUCAUCAAGAGAAGAGAAGCUAGAAACCAGACUCCUCGAAUAAUCUGGCACCUGUUUGCCAUUAACGUGGGAAUCGUGCUAGUUGAUAUCACGCUCCUCGCCGUUGGCUUUACCAACGAUUUCCUGUGGCAACAAGGCAUCAAGGCAGUGGCCUACUCGAUAAAACUCAAGGUCGAGUUCGUUAUACUCGGGAAACUCAGCGACUACGUUCACAAAGGAGGUGAAUUGAUCAGUGCCGAACAUCCUGUGUUUGGAUUUGUAGAGAUGGAGCCUGACCCUCCGCCAAGGAAACAAUCGACACAACCUUCGGCUACCCCCGAGGCUACACAUUUGGAAAGAGGGAGGAAGCAGUCGACUAUUUCUGCUGCUGCAGAGUCAUCGCGCAACCGAGAGUUCAUGUCCGACGAGAUUGCUGCGGAUAGAAGCGAGGGUGUUAAAAGGCGUACACUGGAUAAGGGCAAAAGUAAAUGCAUGGAUGAUUGUUGCAAUACGGGCGUUUCGGCUUCAAAAUAG